AUGGCCUUUAUCGCGGCCCUUAAUCUGCUGCGGACGUCGCUGCCGCCGCGUGGCGUCCGACAGUUAUGUCGUAGCACCGCCCCUCCUGUCACGGCCGGCUUCACCAACACCAAGUUGGGAGUUCGCCGGUCCUUCUCCAGCUACCUGGUCAGCCCACAGGAGCUUGCAGAUGCCCUCAAGAAGAGCCCGCCCUCACCAAUUUCGUCCGAGCCGCGUGUGAUCCCUCUUUGUGCCUCCUGGUUCCUCCCCAAUGAUCCCCAAGGCCGCACCGGCAUCCAGGUCUUCCGCGAGAAGCGCAUCCCCAAGGCGCGCUUCUUUGAUCUCGACAAGGUUAUCGACAAGCGCAGCCCAUACCCACACAUGCUGCCGAGCCCGAAAAGUUUUGCCGAGGCUAUGAGCGAGUUGGGCAUCCGUCAUGACGACACGGUGGUGGUCUACGACAGCCAAGAGCUGGGCAUAUUUAGCGCUCCGCGAGUCGCAUGGACCAUGAAGGUCUUUGGCCACCCAAAGGUGCAUAUCUUGAACAACUUCAGACUAUGGGUCGAACAGGGGCUUCCGACCGAGUCGGGCAAUGUGUGGACCGUGGAGUGCGCCCCAUAUCCAAUUCCAAAGAUGGAUGAAGAGAAGGUGGCACACUUCGAGCAAGUGCGGGAGGUCGCCCAGGAUUACAAGAAAGAAGGUGCCGAGGGUGUGCAAAUCUUGGAUGCCCGGUCAUAUGGCCGUUGGUCUGGGAAGGAGCCGGAGCCCAGGCCAGGCCUGUCCUCUGGACAUGUGCCGGGCUCGAUCAACAUCCCCUUUGACUUGGUUCUCGACCCUGAGACCAAGGCGUUUCUUCCCGCCGACAAGCUAAGAGACGUCUUUUCGAAAAAGGGAGUAGACCCAGAGAAGCCGAUUAUCAGCAGUUGUGGCACCGGUGUCACGGCUUGUGUUCUCGAGACGGCUCUCAGUGAGGCGCAAUUUGGCCCGCCGGAGAAGAGGAAGGUGUACGACGGGAGUUGGACGGAAUGGGCACAGCGGGUCAAGCCUUCCGAGUCACUCAUUCGGAGUGAAGAAUAA